GAGAAUUGAUGAUUGACCAGAAGCCUCAGGUUCAGGACUUAAUGAUGGAGAACACCACUCUUUCAGAUAUUUGCUUUCCCUGCGUGGAUUCCAUUGCCUCUGUUACUGGUUUGAUCUUCAAUUUCCUGUUGGCUGUGCCAGCCAAUAGCUGGGUUCUGAGGCUCAUGAUGACAUCAGCUGGCUUCCUGACAGACAAGAUGGAGGUGUUUGAGUUCAAAAUAGCUCUCAAUGAACUGUUGUUCUGUCUGAUCACACCAGUCUUCUUCAUCGGCCCCUACCUCUUCAGAGAUGUUUUAAGUAAAUCCAUUCUAUUCUUAAGUUUCCCGAUCAUCAUAACCAGACCCCUUUUCCAGUGCUGCAUCUGCCUGGACCGCUACAUGGCAGUGAUCCACCCUGUGGUCUUCCUCAGGGACAGAGCCCUGAGGUACAGGCUGGGCUGCUGUGUUGUGGUCUGGCUGGCGACCAUGCAGAUAUCCAUUGGCACUCUGUUUGUGUGUACCCUGAAGAACAAUGUCUUCAUUACUUUGUACACUACAUUAUUAUGCACCAUGUUCCUCCUCAAUUCCUUCUUCUGUCUCUCAGUCCUCAGGGCUCUGAAGCGUCCCGGGCCAGGGGAGGGAGGCAGGGAGGGGGGGGUGUCCAAUCAGAUAAAGAUGAGAGCUUUCCGGACGGUCAUGAUCAUCCAAGCCACCAUGGUGACCUGCAUCUGCCUGGAGGGCUACGUGGCAGUGGUCCACCCUGUGGUCUUCCUCAGGUACAGAGUCUGGUGA